CAGACACAGCCAGGCCUCAGCCCUGAGUCUCUCAUUUCCAAGGGACCAGAGCCUAUGCUUCUGCCUGAAUCACCCGGAGUUACUGACCAAACGAGGACUUUGUUCCUCUCUCCUGGGCCUGACGGGGGACAUUCUGUCUUGGAUCCGGUGAGCCUUAGAAGGCUCCUUAAGGGAGUAUGAAGUUGGAAGGGUUGGGUAGUCCGGGGACAAGGAGUGAUCAAAGUAUCGGACUGAGGGAGGUGGGAGGGACCAAGCCUAACCAACCUGCAGGGAGGAGUAAGGAGUCCGGGAACUCCUUCAACACAGAGGAUCAAAUUCCUCCGGGGUGAACUCUGAGAUAAAAGGCUGACACUGGAGGCUUCCGGAGGCAGAGAGAGCAAGGGAGACUGUCCACUUUCUCCUUAGCCCUGGCCCAGCGAUCAAGGCCAUUCGCGCCACAGUGCGGGACAGAAACCUCCCCACUCCUCAGGGCUCCCGGCUGCCGGCCCUGCCUGGCCCUCCUCACCCUCAGUGUCUGCCCGAGAGAACAGAAGGAUGGAGCCCGGCAGGACUCAGAUAAGACUUGACCCCAGGUACACAGCGGAUCUUCUGGAGCUCCUGCAAACCAAUUACAGCAUCUCCCCUGCCUGUUUCUCUUACCCUCCCACUGCAGCCCAGCUCCUGAGAGAACUGGGUGCGUUGGAAAUCACCCUCACCAUCAUCUUGACCUUUCUUACCAUGGGCUCAGUUGCCAUCUUCGUAGAGGAUGCUAUUUAUCUGUACAAGAACACCCUUUGCCCCAUCAAGAAGAGGACCCUGAUCUGGAGCAGCUCUGCACCUACGGUCGUGUCUGUGUUCUGCUGCUUUGGUCUCUGGAUCCCUCGAGCCCUCACACUCGUGGAAAUGGCCAUAACGUCGUUUUAUGCCAUAGUCUUUUAUCUGCUGAUGUUGGUCAUGGUGGAAGGCUUUGGUGGGAAGGAUGCGGUUCUGAGGACACUGAAGGACACCCCAAUGAGGGUGCACACGGGCCCCUGCUGCUGCUGCUGCCCCUGCUGCCCACCCCUCAUACUUACCAGGAAGAAGCUUCAGCUGAUGAUGGUGGGCGCUUUCCAGUAUGCCUUCUUCAAGAUAAUGCUGAACCUAGUAGGGCUGUUCCUCAUCCCUGAUGGCAUCUUUGACCCAUCAGACGUAAGCCAAGAGGAGGCAGUAAAGUCUAAGACCCAUUACCUUUGGGUUCUAGAACUAAUAUCUGAGCACCAGCAACACACAAGGCCAAGGGCAGGGUGGCCACGGGAGAGUAAUAGGCCAGAGAAUCCGGUGGGGAGACGAAGUCCAGGCUUGGGGGCUUUGGUAUCACCGUUGUCCACAUGGACAAGGAAAAACAAAAGGAGGGUUUGUCCUCCUGAUUGCUUCCUGGUCUGCCACCAGAUUUCUGAGAAGAGCACGGCUCUGUGGAUCAACACUUUCCUGGGCGUGUCCACACUGUUCGCUCUGUGGUCGCUGGCCAUCCUUUUCCGUCAAGCCAAGAUGCACCUGGGUGAACAGAAUAUGGGAUCCAAGUUUGCUCUGUUCCAGGUUCUUGUCAUCCUGACUGCCCUGCAGCCCUCCAUUUUCUCCAUCCUGGCUAACGGCGGGCAGAUUGCUUGCUCACCUCCCUUCUCUUCUAAAAUCAGGUCCCAAGUGAUGAACUGCCACAUGCUCAUAGUGGAGACCUUCCUGAUGACGGUGCUGACGCGGAUGUACUAUCGGAGGAAAGACGACAAGGUUGGGUACGAGACUUGUUCGGCACCAGACCUGGACUUGACACUCAAAGCCUGAGGCGAGUGGCCUGGACUAUGGAAAAGAGACUGUCCUGCUCGGAAGAGCAUGAGAUUCCUCCCGUCCCUCGACCUUAACCGGUGGUUAAGGCCCCCACUGGCGGCGGGCGGCGCAGGCUGGCAGCUUCCAUAUGACUAUAGGGAUGGAGGUAAAGUGCAGUAUGCGGAACCCCUCUGGGUUUUGCUCAGGGAAGGCGUUUGAAGUUUUGUAAUGAACAGGGUGAAGGCUGAGACUCUGCACGAGGCACAGUCCUUCUGUGGGUGCCACUAUUGGUCACCCUGAGCUUUUGCACAGCAGAAUAAAGGGGAAAAGAGUGCAUGGUUUAUGUAUGGUUUAUCCGACGUAGGAACUGGAGUAGACCUUAGCCGGGCAAAACAGCACUGAUCUAGCUUCCCAAAGAAGCCAGGCUCUGCCGUACAAGCUGUUCUUUCCUUGGGUGUACCAGUUGGCCGUGGGAGGUCUGGGGUCCCUUUGUGCCAGCUUUUUGAGUUUUUCCUAAGAAGCUGCAAAUGGAACUGCUCGUUAAUAUCGUCAUGAAGCUUGAUC